AUGGUCAUCGGGCACUUGUUUGACCUUUGUAGGAGAGUGUUAGCUCUGAACGUCAAAUGCAGUAGCUGUGGCCGCCUGGUGGCCACGGGGAAUGGCUGCCCUCAUCAGAGCAAGUGUAUUCUCAAAGUACCUGUACGGUAUGGCGUCAUAUACGAUCUUGAGGCAACGGAGAUGAAUCUAAUUAUCAAGAUGGAACUGUCAAAGUUGAAACGCGUUGCUCCCUCUGUAAUAGACUCUGACACCUCCCCUCAGCCUGCCUCUCGGUCGUGUCAGUGUGCUGCCCUCACCUGCUCGGGGUUCGACGAGAAGGGAAUCACAGAGAUGAAUGAAGAACAGAUAGCGACCGUCUGCUUGUCUGUGCUGAAGGGUUUGGCCGUCCUCCACGCACAAGGGGUGAUUCACCGAGACAUCAAGAGCGAUUCCAUUCUCUUAACCCACGACGGAAGGGUGAAGCUAUCGGACUUCGGGUUCUGUGCCCAGGUGUCAAAGGAUGUGCCAAGGCGCAAGUCACUGGUGGGCACACCUUACUGGAUGGCACCAGAGCUCAUCUCCCGGAUGCCAUAUGGUCCCGAGGUAACUUCGUGCUUUUCCUUAUCGGCUUCAUUCUCAACAACAAACCACAAUCACUGCACAGCAAUUUUUUUCGAAUCUGUUGCUUCUCCAGAAACUUUGUUUUGUUUGUGAUAGACUGCUUGAAGCUGAAAACAAAUAUAAUUUCAG